UUAUCCGAUUAAGAUGGUGUGUCUUUUGCGGCCCUGGUUAGACUGGAAAUAAACAAAAAAAAAAUAAUAAAAUCUACCAGAUUUAUUGACGAAUUUUAUCCCUGCAAACGCGAAAAUGCCAAAGAAAAUGGGUAUUAACUCGAAGGCCGUAGAGGCGAGAGAGCGUAAGGAAAAGGAAAAGAAAGCUACACAAGAGAAAAAGGCCAAAGAUGCGGAAGAUCGUUUGUGGCAAGACAAUGACAAGAGCUUGGCCAAGAAACAGCAGCGUCGCGAUGAGGAAGAAAAGAGAAAGGCUGAGACACAACGCCGCAAAGCUGAGUCAAAGGCGCUUUUGGACCAGGAGAUGAACUCGAUUACCACCCAUAAAAAGCAGCCCCUUGCAAAAAUCCAUCGUCAGCAAAUUCUUGAAGAGGUUGAGAAGAAACAACGAGUCAUUGAUGCUAUUAAUGAGGCCAACAAACCGUCCGCUCCAAAAGUUAUAGUGCAGCCGCAAACAAUUGAGGAAAACCUAAAUCGGUCUUUGGCAGACACUGAAGUCGCCACCAACAUUGACCAGGCGCUCAAUGUUCUAAGUGUCAAUGAGACCGAUGAGGACAAACAUCCCGAGAAAAGAAUGCGUGCCGCCUACAAAACGUUUGAAACCAACAAUCUGCCUCGCAUUAAAGCCGAGAAUCCUUCGCUUCGAAUGUCACAGUGGAAACAGCUACUAAUGAAGGAAUGGAACAAAUCCCCAGACAACCCAUUUAACCAGGGCCGUUAAAUGAGUGCGACGCUUCUCCCCUUUUCCCAUUUUAGGCGAGUGUGUGCGUAUUCUAGUGACUGUUCAGCCGCCUAGCAGCUGACCGUAGUAAAAUAGGAAUCCGGAGUCGAGUAUAUCAAAGAAUUUAGUUUGCAACAGUAAAAUAAAUUGUAAUUUAUUAAAUUAAAUUCGAUAUAAGCAAAAUAUGGUACCCAUCUGAUAGUGUCAGCUAAUUGAUAAUCUAAGAAUAAAGUUGACUGGAAUAAUUAUACAAGGGAAAAGUUUUCCCAAUCAAAUGAUCAA